GGAGAAAGGAGAAUGGAAGUAACACAAGUACUGCACAUGAAUGGAGGCACCGGAGAAACAAGUUACGCAAGCAACUCCUUGGUUCAGCAGAAGGCAAUUUGUUUGACAAGAGUUAUGAGAGAGGAAGCGAUGAGCAGGCUCUACCGCAGCAUGCGGCCGAAACGCUUAGCAAUUGCGGACUUGGGUUGUUCUUCUGGACCGAACACUUUGCUUGUGAUGUCUGAAGCCAUAAAAGUGGUGGAGAAGCUUUGUAGAGAACUGAAGCAUGAGUCUCCUGAAUACCAGAUCUACCUGAACGAUCUCCCUGGGAACGAUUUCAACAACAUUUUCAAGUCCCUUGAGAGCUUCAAAGAGAGAUUGAGGAAUGAAAUAGAAGAUGAGCAUGGGAUGGGUUCAUGCUUUUUCAAUGGGGUUCCCGGCUCUUUUUACGGCAGAAUCUUUCCCAACAAAACUCUCCAUUUUGUCCAUUCCUCCUACAGCCUUAUGUGGCUAUCCAAGGUUCCUGAAGGUGUAGAGAACAAUAAGGGCAACAUUUAUAUGUCGAGCACCAGUCCCUCAAACGUCCUUAAGGCUUAUUACGAACAGUAUCAGAAGGAUCUGUGGUUGUUUCUCAAAUGUCGUGGGGAAGAAAUGGUGGAAGGGGGUCGUAUGGUUCUCACAAUUUUGGGAAGAAGAAGCCAUGACCCUUCUAGCAAAGAGUGUUGCUAUAUAUGGGAGCUUUUGGCUAGGGCUCUUAAUCACAUGGUCUCCAAGGGAAUCAUAAAAGAGGAGCAAAUGGAGGGUUUCAACAUCCCUCAAUACACACCUUCUCCAACUGAAGUAGAACUUGAGGUUGAAAAGGAAGGUUCAUUCAGCAUUACUGCUAUGGAAGUAUCUGUAGUACCUUGGAAUGCCUACGAUGAUUCCGAAUAUGGUAAUUUGUCUGAAUCACUCAGAAAUGGAGGAUACAACGUCGCAAAGUGCAUGAGGGCCGUCGCAGAGCCUUUGCUCGUAAGUCACUUUGGAGAAGCUAUAGUCGAAGAGGUUUUUUACCGCUAUCAACAAAUCUUAACUGAAACAAUGUCUGAGGAGAAAAAUCAUUUUGUUAAUGUCACCAUAUCUUUGAUCAGAAAAGCAAGAUCAGCAUGA